AUGAAGACGAGCUCAUUAGCAUUGGUCAUGGUUUUCGCAAUCCAUUCUGUCGCCGGCUCAGCGAUAACAGGGGCAUGGCAUGAAAUCACUCUCAGCUCCAGAAGAGUUAAAUCUUGGAAUGACACCUCCUCCGGCGUUAACGUUACCAUAGCUCCCGCAAGCAAUGAAACUGCCCUGGCCACUGUCCAAGACCCCGGUCUCAAUAACACUCAACUUGCAAUUUUGUUGUUAUCUUUACAAGACUAUAAUGCUCAUAAUCUUGAACCAAGCUUUGCUAUGGAUAAAAAAAGACGUUCUGAUGUUUUUGAUUUAUUGGAAAAGAGAUCCGAUUUGCCACUAUUGGAUACAAUAUUACUGACUCUUAACAAUACUGGCGUUGCCUUGACUGUGAUUGAUUAUGUUUUGUUGCGUCCAGAAUUAUUAGACAUAGUGAUUCAGACAACAAUAUGGGUCAUCAGAUUGAGGUUGAUUAACUUGGCCGACUUGAUUAUUGCUUUACAAAGAUCGAAUUUGAUUAUGGAUGUGUUGACCUUGGGUUUAGAAGAUUCUGAAAUCUUGCCCGGAUUAAUCAACAUUACCAUUGAAAUCUUGAAACAGAGUGGGUUAGAUUUGGGGUUGUUGAGCAAGAGAUUUGAUGUCGAACCGGUUCAACCAUUUAACUCAACGGUGGACCAUUUGAGUAAGCGGGAGAAUGCGUUGUUGGAUCAGUUAUUUUUGUCGUUGAGAGAUUCGGGUUUGGCUGUUUCCGUAGUAAAGCACUUGUUGACUACACCGGCAUUGGCCUCUCCCAACGCUCAUUUCCUCGUUCUGAUUUUGCAAUCCCAUGCACUUACAUUAAGUGAUUUACUUGCAGCUUUGAAGGAGUCUAAUUUGAUCUGGGAUCUUGUUAGGCAGUUGUUGGGUGACCCACUGAUCAUAAUUGAAUUUGGUGGAACAAUUGUACAGAGAGUUGCGCAAGGAUUGAUUCCGAAAGAAUUGAUUACAGGGUAG